AGUGUCUGCUGAAGUCUCGAAAUGGAGCGAAGUGAGGAGAAAGAUGGCAGCAACAAGCCCGCGGGGCAAGAGCAGGGCAGUGGGACAGCGGGGCUGAUGCUGAAGAGGGAGAUUGGUCUGUGGAGUGCAGUGUCCAUGACCGCUGGCUGUAUGAUUGGUUCUGGCAUCUUCAUGUCACCACAAGGGGUCUUGGUUUACAUAGGCAGUCCUGGAGCCAGUCUUAUUGUCUGGGCAACCUGUGGACUCCUGGCCAUGCUGGGUGCCCUGUGCUAUGCUGAACUGGGCAGCCUGGUUCCUGAGUCUGGGGGAGAUUAUGCCUACAUUUUGCGAACCUUUGGCUCUCUACCUGCCUUCCUGGUCAUCUACGUAUACGUUCUGGUAGGCAGACCAGCCGGCAUCACUGCGGUUUCGCUGAGUUUCGCUGAGUAUGUACUGGCUCCCUUUUACCCAGGCUGCUCCUCGCUCCCUCAGGUCAUAGUCAAGAUUGUGGCUUCUUCUUGCAUCCUGCUGCUGCUUUUGAUCAAUUUCUGGAGCUCACGGAUGUCCACUGUGCUGAUGAACGUGUGCACGACUGCCAAAGUGUUCUCGCUGCUAGUCAUUGUAGUGGGUGGGGCUGUGGUGCUGAUGCAGGGCCAUGCUUCCACAGAAUCCCUGCUGUUUGCCUUCCACAACACAACACAGCAGGCAGGGCGCAUUGGCAUGGCUUUCUACCAGGGGCUGUGGUCCUUUGAUGGCUGGAGUAAUAUCAACACAGUGAUAGAGGAGCUCAAGAAUCCAAAGCAGAACCUGCUGUGGGCAGUGAUGACUGCCGUCCCCCUGGUCACCAUCCUGUAUGUCCUGGUCAAUAUCAGUUACCUGCUGGUUAUGUCACCCUCAGAGAUCCUCUCCUCUGAUGCCAUAGCUGUGAUCUGGGGGGACCGAGUUCUGGGGUCCUGGGCCUGGCUGGUGCCCUUGGCUGUUGCUCUUUCAACAUUUGGCACUGUCAAUGGGGGGUUCUUCAGCGGCAGCCGCGUGUGCUAUGCAGCUGCGAGAGAAGGUCACAUGCCGCAGCUUAUGUCCAUGAUUCACGUGAAUCGACUGACACCAGCCCCAGCCCAGAUCUUCACCACGGCUGUGGCUUUACUGCUGGUCAUCCCGGGAAACUUCAGCACCUUUGUGAACCUCUUAAGCUUCCUGUCCUGGCUCACCUAUGGAACUACCUUUGCCUGUCUUCUGUAUUUGCGAAUAAAGACAAAGAAUCUCCCCCACACUUACAAGGUUCCCACCUUCAUCCCUGCCAUCAUGCUCCUGGUGUCUCUCUACCUGGUGUUGGCACCCAUCAUUGACCACCCGCAGAUAGAAUUCCUAUACAUCUUCCUGUUCGUGCUCAGUGGCUUCCCGGUGUACUUCCUGCUUUUCCACUUCCAGUGUCAGUUCAAGUGUAUACAAACGGCCACUAUGCAUCUCCAGCUGCUCCUGGAAGUUGCUCCAACCACUAAAGAUCAUUGACUGGGUGGUCUGAUAGGUUCUGACUGCCCUCUUUACUGCAGACCCCACUCUUCCUACGGUUCUCUGCAGAUCAACUAUACAUAAUUCUAAUAAGCACUUAGUGCUAUAGUACAGCUGCUUCGAAGUUUGGGAAUAUCUACCAGGACACUAUCCCAUUUCUAUAAAGCUUGCUCCUUUGACACAGGUACCACCUGGUUUCACAAAGGAAUGUGCUAGUUGCAGGCAGACAUUUAGUUGCUAUUUGUAGCCUAAGUGGACAGCAUGGAAUGCAUUUCUUCUUUGGGUUUCUGUCAUUGGAAUCCUGUAGUCUUACUUGGCCUCUGAGGUUGCUUGAGCUGAAGAUUUGCAUAUCUUGGGAUUAAUAUGGGGACACUUGUAUCAAGUGGGCAGAGAAGUAGAGAAAGCCAGUAUGGCAUGAAGAAUGAGGAUGGUAUAUGAUGAGAUAUACUUAAAAAAAUGAUAUGGUGCUGAAGAGUGGGGAGGCAGGAUCUGAAAGAUUUGAUUUUUGUCCUAUAAUCUUCUACUUGAUGGUAUUCCUUGCGUUUUACAUCCUUCUUUUCCUUGUCCUUCUCUUCCUCCUCCUCCUCUUCUUUCUCCUCUUUCUCUUCCUCCUACUCCUCUUUCUCCUCUUCCUUCUAUUUGUCAAAGCUGGAUCCAAGGCAUCAUGUAUACUUAGGCAAACAUAAUGCUGUCAAUUUUCUGGAACAAUUGACUCUGGUGAGUCUGAGUGGGUACCUAUCUAUUUCUGGCAAUUAGAUGAAAUUUGUCUAUGGUAAUUCUUCUCGUUUGGGAAAACUUAAGUUAUGGCUUGAAGCUGCCUAUUUGCUUGAACAGUGCAAUAAACAGUAGAUGUAUUGCUAGG